UAGACUUGUACCAUUUGUAAACUUCUAGAACUCCUCCCCGGCAUGCAUUGCAUGCCCAACAUGGAUGAACUGACGGUGGAGGUCCGUGGCUCCAACGGAGCAUAUUAUAAGGGAUUUGUCAAAGAUGUCCAUGACGAUUCACUCGCUAUUGCCUUUGAGAACAAUUGGCAACCAGAGAGACAAGUUCCCUUUAGUGAUGUUCGGAUGCCACCUCCAGCCGAUGGUAAAAAGGACAUCGGGGAGGGAGAAGAGGUGGAGAUCUUCUCCCGGGCCAAUGAGCAGGAGCCAUGUGGCUGGUGGCUUGCCAAAGUGCGCAUGAUGAAGGGAGAUUUCUAUGUGAUCGAGUAUGCUGCCUGUGACGCCACAUACAAUGAAAUAGUCACAUUUGAACGUCUUCGGCCUGUAAAUAUCAACAAGGCGGUGUCAAAGAGCUCCUUCUUCAAGUGCACAGUCCCAGUUCCCGACGACCUGAAAGCAGCGUGCGAAAGUGAACAAGCGCAUAAAGAUUUCAAAAAGGCAGUGGGAGCUUGUCGGAUUGUCUACUGUUCAGAAACAAGUAGCUUGGUUGUACUGUCCAUAAAUGAAGCCACAGUUAAGCGAGUGUCUUUGCUCAGUGACAUGCACCUGAGGAGCAUUCGUACUAAGCUCAUGCUCAUGUCCCGAAAUGAGGAAGCCACUAAACAUCUGGAGAGUACAAAGCAACUGGCAUCUGGUUUCCAAGAGGAGUUUACAGUCAGGGUGGACCUCAUGGGCCUUGCCAUUGGAAGCCAUGGAAGCAACAUUCAACAAGCCAGAAAACUGCCUGGAGUCACUGCUAUCGAGCUGGAUGAGGGGAGCGGGACGUUCAGAAUUUACGGAGAGAAUGAGGAGGCAGUUAAGAAGGCAAGGAAUUAUCUGGAGUUUCUUGAAGAUUCUGUUCAGAUCCCCAGGAACUUGGUCGGCAAGGUAAUUGGCAAGAAUGGGAAAGUCAUUCAGGAGAUCGUUGACAAGUCUGGAGUGGUGAGAGUUAGGAUUGAAGGGGACAAGGAUGGCACACAGCCACGUCAAGAAACACAGGGAAUGGUCCCGUUUACAUUUGUCGGCACUAAGGAGAAUAUUGGGAAUGUCCAGGUACUUCUGGAGUACCACAUUGCCUACCUGAACGAAGUCGAGCAGCUGCGUAUGGAGAGACUGCAGAUAGACGAGCAGCUGAGGCAGAUUGGGAUGGGCCACAGGCCUUCAUCUGGCCGCCCAGCAGACAAGGGCUACACCACAGACGACAGUGUGGCUGCUACCGCCGUGCACACCAGCCGCUCCUACACCGGCAGAGGCCGCGGACGCAGGGGCCCCAACUACACCUCCGGCUAUGGCACAAACUCUGAGCAAUCCAAUGCCUCUGAGACUGACUCUGAGCGUAAGGAUGAGCUGAGUGACUGGUCCCUGGCGGGAGAAGAACCGGAGAGGGGGACUCGACAACAGAGAGACAGCAGGAGGAGAGCUGGUCCAGGGAGGGGUAGAGGGCCCAGGGGCCGUGGAGCAGGGAGAGGAGCCCCCAACACCGCUCUGAAGGAUCCUUAUGGCAACCCAUACAGUGUGCUUGACAACACAGAGACAGACCAGACGGCUGACACUGAUGCAAGCGACUCCAACCUCAACACAAACCGCCGCCGCCGCUCCCGCCGCCGCCGGACUGACGAGGACACAACAGUCAUUGAUGGCAUGAGUGAAUCAGAUAACGCUUCCCUCAGUGAGAAUAGCCUUGAUGACUCAAAAGCUAAACCACAACGGCGUAACCGUAGCAGCAGACGCAGUGUCCGCCCACCAGAGGAAAAGCAACCAGUUACAGUGGCAGAUUACAUAUCCCGUGCUGAAUCACAAAGCAGACAGACUAACCAAAAAGAACUGAAAAAGAACAAAAAAGAACUGGGGCAGGUUGAGUGUAUCGCGGAGCACAGCCUAUCUGCAGAAGCAAAUACAAGCAACGGACCCAGCAAUGGAAGAGGUGACGAACCAGGCAGGGCUUCCACAGAACAGGUUGCCAAAGUUACUUACCAAGGGAAUGGUGACCAGCAGCCUGUCCUGAACGGGGUUUCCUAAUCUACGAAUCCACUCAAACUCAUUAAUUGUACUACAUUUUUACAAUAGUUAUUGUACAAGCUUGCCAAAGAUAGUCAUGGACUUCCAGAUUCUCUACUGCACUUUUCAGUUCCCUCAACAUGGGACACAGAGAGAUUUAGCACUGAACCCGAGACAUAAGAGUAUGUUUCAAGUACAUGAUCUGAUGUUGUGCCUUGAGAAUAGAUUCAACAUAGUUAGUUGCCUGGCUGUAGUAAACGUUUUGUCAGUGAUGGCAAAGAUAGGAAGAAUCCAGUUAUCCUAAUAUUUGUUGAGUUAGCUGCUUUUUGUUACAUUUUAAUAUGCAACCACUUCUUCAUACGAGGAAAUGCAGUCUGGAAGAGAGUUUUGCACUGAAAUGUAAUUUAUUUUCCAUAAGAAUAACAUUAGUCUGGAAACUGGUCUGUUAAUGUUCAAUGUCAAUUUUUUUUUUCUUUUUCUGAAUGACACUCCACAUAGUAGUGAACCUGUAUGCUGAAAUGCACCCACCAGAGGCUGGAAUUAUGGUGGCAGUAACUGGUCUCAUGAAGGAGCUUUAUUUGGUUUAUCAAAUGUACAGUAUUUAAAAAGCUGUUAUUCCUAACACUGGCUGAAGACCGUAUUUUCAUGCAGGUGACAAUUUGGACUACUGAAAGAAGUUCCCAGAUGUUGGUUUGGUAAACUACAAUUCUGUUUUUUUAUGCUCAUUCUGGUUUGAUGUGCAAUAUGUUUUGUAUGCCGGUAGUUCUUAAAUAAAACCCGAUCUUCCAUUUAGAUCCAAAACCA